AUGAACGUCGCAAGGGAGGUGACGAGGAAGAGGAGUGAAAAGAUUAUUCCGAUAAAGGUUGUUCUGAGGCAUGGGAAGCUUGUGGAACGGGUGAGGUAUUCAAGGGAGUGGAGGAAACAGCCAAAUGUACAUAUGUGUGAUCUUUCUGCUGAACGACACUCAUCACUUGCACGACAAGUUCAGAAUCCAAUACUGCCUGAAGCCUACCACAUGGCUCAAUUGCGCGACCUACCCCCAAUGGCAGGAGCCAAUAUCUGGGUCUGCCAAAUCGAAUGGCAACUCAACGUGUCGAAGAUGCCCUUGGAAAAGGGUGAGAGUUCUGCGCAGAAGGUGAAAAGGUUCAGUCCGAGUCCUCAACAUUCCGCAAAAACUAGACACAUGUGGCUGCAUGACAUCAACCGUUGGAACAUGGGCCUUGAGGGGCGUCCAUUCGAGAUUGUACCUUUGAACUAA